GUUGAUCACCACGUGAAUUACGAGCCGGGCCAUUCCGACACACGCGCGUUUUCAUUCUAGUUCUUUAGUGAGUUUCCUCGAGAACCCCAUGGCGCUUACGAUGACCUUAGGCCAUCAGAAUAAAAUGUACAACGUUAUACAGCAUUCGGCACCGCAGGGGAAUUGUGUGAUUGUUACCCAACAAGCUAAAUCGGCUGUUGGUAAUAAGAGACCUUUGGCUCCGGCGCCGGAACGCUCAUCGGUGCUGGUUACCAACAACGAUCUGAGAUGCAAGAGGAAAAUCCAGUUCGUGCCCUACGGUGCACCGCCGCAACAACCAGCUUCUGUUGCCAGAAGAAAUGCAAGAGAAAGGAACCGAGUGAAGCAAGUUAACAACGGUUUCGCCACCCUUCGCUCGCACAUUCCUCCAAGUGUUACACAAGCUUUGUCCAGCACGCAAGGUACGCAAGGUAGAGGAGCUUCCAAGAAACUUAGCAAAGUGGAAACUUUAAGAUUAGCAGUGGAAUACAUCAGAUCGUUGCAGCAGAUGAUAGACGAGCACGAAGGUGAAAUGAAUCCUUCUUCCAUUAACGAGAAUAGGUAUUAUCAGGAUUCGAAUCAGUUGUACUCUUCGUAUCCUGUGUUACUGUCGACUCCUGCUUGCUCGGAAGCUUCAGCUUCGCCCACGCCUUCACACAGUUCCGAGGGAUCUUUUUCCACGACGCAAAGUUAUUCUACCACCUUGUACCAUCCUACUGAAAAUUACGAAAAUUACGAUCCUAAGAGUCCUGAAGACGAGGAACUGCUGGACGCGAUUUUCUCCUGGCAGCAGGAAUAAUAUUAAAAAAAUCUAAGAACGAGAACGGCCAGUGAACGAUCUAAUCAAAACAGAAAUUACUGAAUAUAAUCGUUACGAACCAAGAAACCCAGUGCCUUCAUUCUAGCGAGUGAUAUAUUUUUUACACUAGGUAUUGAAGAAUCUCGAGAGUUUAUAAAAUGUUUUUCUAGUCAUUGUUUUUUUAUGUACAGUACGCGUUUUGCUUGCAGUGUUUGCAACGAUUUCUGAUACUGUAUAAAAAUGUACAUAUAUUGUUUAUAAAAUAGUCUAUAAGUCCUAUUUUAGUUAUGUUCGCAAUAAAAGUUCAAAAUGUUUUUCCUAGCAUGUUUGAUGGGUACUUUAUCGGAAAAUUUGCUCUCUUUAAUUUCUAAACAUCGUACUCGAUAAUGUUGUUAAGUUGAUAGUUUUUUAAGUAUUUUGACUCGCCUUAAUCAAGAUACGUUGUAAAUAGAUAUUUUUUAUAUAAUGCAUAUUGCAAAAUCCAUGUACUGAUAAAUAUAUUUUUUCUCGUACACCGUUUUUUAUUUCGAUGCGACCGAAAAAACGACCAAUAAAUUCGAAAAUAGACAAGGUGUUCUAGAGUCUUCUGGCGCGUGCCCGGGGAAAC